AUGUCUGACAACGGCGAGGUUGAGGUCGAAUCCACCACCUACCAGGUCCUUCCCAAGGACGUCGUCUCCGAGAUUGGCAGCGUUAAGCUGUUCAACCGAUGGAGCUACGAGGAUGUUGAGAUCCGCGAUAUCUCCUUGACCGACUACAUCCAAAUCCGAUCCCCCGUCUACAUUCCUCACUCCGCUGGUCGAUAUGCCGCCAAGCGAUUCCGCAAGGCCAACUGCCCCAUCAUCGAGCGAUUGACCAACUCGCUCAUGAUGCACGGCCGCAACAACGGCAAGAAGCUCAAGGCCGUCCGAAUUGUUGCCCACUCUUUCGAGAUCAUCCACCUGAUGACCGACCAGAACCCCAUCCAGAUCGCCGUUGACGCCAUCGUCAACUGCGGCCCCCGAGAAGACAGCACCCGUAUCGGUUCCGCCGGUACCGUCCGACGACAGGCCGUCGAUGUGUCUCCUCUCCGACGAGUGAACCAGGCUAUCGCCCUCCUCACCACCGGCGCCCGAGAGGCCUCCUUCCGCAACGUCAAGUCGAUUGCCGAGUGCCUGGCCGAAGAGCUGAUCAACGCUGCCAAGGGAAGCAGCAACUCGUACGCCAUCAAGAAGAAGGACGAGUUGGAGCGUGUGGCCAAGAGCAACCGAUAAAAGGGGAGGCAGUUUCUCUGGGUUUUCUUCGGCGUGGACGAUCUGGGCAUUUUACACUCUGCAUUUGUGCGUUUCUGGCUCAGGCGGGAUGCGGUUCUAUGGCAUACUAGUCACAUAGGCCUCUUUCAAUAAAGGCUCUCUGCCCGUGUGGGCAAAAAUCAUGAACUGAAAAUCAAGCAAUUCCCGAAACGAUACUGGUGUUAUAGGAUUUAUUUUGCUCUCUACCUAUUGUUGUAUUGAUAUGGCUCUCGCAAAAAUGCAAACAAAUGGCAUAUGAGAGUGCAAUUUUUUUGGCCCUUUUA